CGAUGAAAGUUUUUCUCUAUCAUUUAUAUUCGUUAUGAUGAAGCUGACAAGUGUUUUGUUUUUGACGGUUCAUUUUAUAUUUGUGGUAGCAGAUAUUUUGGUGACAAUACCUGAUGGUACGAUACGAGGACGAGAGGAAUAUUCCCAAAGAGGAAUUAAAUUUUUUUCCUUCCAACAAAUCCCUUUUGCUAAACCACCACUUGGAGAACUUCGUUUCAAGGAACCACAACCGGUUGAUAAAUGGGAAGGUGUUUUGAACGCAACGACUAAUACCAAAGUGUGCUACCAAACCUAUGGCGAUGACCGAACAGUUGGAUUGGAAAACGAAGAUUGUUUGUAUCUCAAUGUAUUCACCCCACGGUAUCCUUCCUCAACAAACUCCCUUCCUGUUAUGUUCGAGAUCUAUGGAGGUGGAUUUAUGAACGGCGCAGCAACUCUGGAUACUUUCGGACCACAUUAUCUCAUGGAAAAUGAUGUCAUUGUCGUUUCUGUCAAUUAUCGAGUUGCAGCAUUCGGUUUUCUAUCAACGGGAGAUAUGGUAAUUCCUGGAAACUACGGACUGAAAGAUCAACAAAUGGGUCUCAAAUGGGUUCAGAAAAAUAUCAAAUAUUUUGGCGGAGAUCCGAAGAAAGUAACAAUAUUUGGAGAAAGCGCCGGGGCCUCUUCGGUUGCUUAUCAUUUGUUGAGUAAAGGCUCCCAAGGAUUAUUCAGGGCGGCUAUUGCUGCAAGUGGAACUGCUUUGUCUCCGUGGGCCUAUCAGAGGGAUCAUAAAGAAUACGCUUAUAAACUAGCAUCUGGUAUUGACGAAAACUUCAAAGCGAAUUCCACCUCGGAAGAUCUACUCAACUUCCUGAGAAGUGUUCCUGCUAGCAGAAUCAAAGAUGUUACACGAAUUUUUCCGGAAGAUUUGCAUAAUGACCAAAUAACUGAAGGCUUCUUUUUUGCACCUGUCGUAGAACCAGCGCAUGAAAAUGCCUUCUUAACUGAAAAAAUGUAUUCAGCAAUAGAAAACGGACGAGCGAACAGGGUACCGCUUAUGAUAGGAAUGUGUGAAGAGGAGUUAUUGAUUAAAGCCAACGAUCCUUCAUUUUCUCAAUACCUGAAAUUAAUCGAUGAAGAUCAAUCAAUAUUGGUCAACAAAAACAUGCGAUUGACAGAUGAGAAGGAUAUAACAAAUGCCGCUAAUGCAAUACACAGUUUAUAUACGAACGGCCGAUUCGAGGAUCAUCCUGGAGCUGCUAUCAGAGUAGAAAUAUCAAUGUGA